AUGUCUGACACAUGCCUGGUGCUGGAUGCAGCCUCUCCAUACCCACGAUACGACACGUGGUACUCCAGCUGGUGCACUUCUGGGGAACGUACUGCUGUCUGUCAAAAAGUUUCGGACGUGACGCUGGACCUCGCGGGAGUCCCAAACGACAUCCAGGUUCUCUGUGUGGACGGACAGAGUGGCUUGGUGCUUCAGCCGGACGUCUUCGCCAGGUUCCACAGCCUCAGGAGUAUCUACAUCACAGGUUUGUCUGCCGUCUUCCCUGGGGCCUUCAGGGGGCAGACCAACCUACACCUGCUCUCCCUCGUCAGUCCACAGCACACCAACGUGUCGGUGGCAUCAAAGGCGCUCGAUGACCUGCAGAGUCUGGAGGAGCUCACCCUUGGGAACUGUGUGUUGAGUGGAAUGGCACCAGAUGUGUUUGCUGGGCUGAAGCAGCUGAAAAGCCUUCAUGUCUCCUCCCAAGACGAGGAGUUCUCCGAGCUUCUGUGCAGACUGCUGGAUGUAAGCGCCUCGCUGGAAAGUCUGCGGGUCACCAUGGAGAAAGUGGUGACGCUGACGACCCCAAACUGCUCUGGCGGGCUGAGGCACCCCGGCAGGACUGAUGUUCUUCAGCUACAGAACCCAACGGAACCUGCUGCUCAGAGCCAGCCAACUCUCAAACUGGGCAAUUUCAGGCUCAGUGGCUCUGAUCCCUGGAAUAUACAGGUGUUCAACCUCAGCCUCAUUUUUGGGACGUUCCCUCAACGGCUGGCUGACCUCUCCAUCCAGUCCAUGGGCCUCAUGACCCUGUUCAUUGCUGACAAUAGCGCCCCAAAUGUGGACCUGAAGCUCAGCCUCUCUGGUGAGCAGAUCGUUUUACUGGGCUGCGAGAGGCGCUUUGUGAAAUCCGUGUCCAUCCUCCAAGUGGCGGCCAAUCAGUUGUUAUGUGGACCAGACUCCAGCGCUGCCCUCGGACACUUCAGCUCUGUGGUGCAGCUCCGUCUCACUCAGCGCUCUCUGAGCACAGCACAGGACCUGUCUGGCCUAAACAACCUGCUGCAUUUAAAACACCUGGACCUUCAAAGCGUCAACUUCAUUAAUCUGCCAGGCCUGAAUGUCAUGUUCCAUAAUCUCACCAGACUGGAGAGCCUGGGUCUGUAUGACUGCUGGUUGGAUUCCCUAGAGGGAUCCUUGGCUGUAGACCUGAGGUCUCUCAAAUAUCUGUACUUGGAAAUUUCAUCUGAGACCAGUAUGACAGAAGCCUUUUUUGAGCCCCUCGUCAGUCUCAAAAGUGUGAUAAUAAACCAACUUCAGCUUCGCUGCAACUGUGAGAACGCCUGGUUCAAUGAGUGGGCGAGGCAGCAGAAGCGCGUGGAGGUGUUUCUGUUCCGCUCCCAGCAGGGGGCGCUGCAGUGCCAGAGCGGGGGCAGGCUGGAGGAGCUGGCGCGGUACGGACGGGAGCACUGCAGUCUGGACGUGGGCUUGGUGCUGUUCGGCAGCACGGCGGCCUUCCUGUUGCUCUUCAUGCUGGCUGUGCUGGUGCAGCAGCUGGCCGCAGAAUACCUGCGGGCCUUCUUCCACAUCGCUCACGGCUGGCUGGACGAGGCGCUGCGCCGCAACACUAGGGGGCGCUAUCUCUACGACGCGUUUGUGUCGUACAGCGGGCGGGACGAGCGCUGGGUGGUGGAGCAGCUGCUGCCGGGGCUGGAGCGGAGGGGCCCCCCCUUCCUGCGCCUCUGCCUGCACAGCAGGGACUUCCAGCUGGGGAAGGACGUGGUGGAGAACAUCACCGACAGCCUGUACCGCAGCCGCCGCACCCUGUGCCUGCUCAGCCGCCACUUCCUGCGCAGCAACUGGUGCUCGCUGGAGCUGCGUCUGGCCACCUACCGGCUGCAGGUGGAGCACAGGGACGUGCUCGUCCUGCUCUUCCUGGAGAAGAUCCCCUCGCGCCUGCUGACCGCCCACCACAGGCUGGCACGCCUGGUCAAGACCAGAACCUACAUCGACUGGCCACAGGACCCCGCCCAGCAAGAGGCAUUCUGGGAAAGACUGUGGGCCAAACUGGCCCCACCCAGGGACUAGGAGAAGGAAUUAUGUACCGGUCCAAUGUAGAGUACGUACUUCAUAUUUGUA